AUGACACAACUUACCUCUGUUACCAUCGUCGCCACAAGCCACGAGCAGACUAUCAGCAGCCUGCGCAACCAACCAUGGGCCAAGACUGCUUACGUCCUCGAUAUAAACACCAAGAGAUCGGCGACUCCGAAUGACGGCGAGAAGUUUGUGGUUGAGCAUAUCAAGUCCCUCACGCUCCAUGGCGGUCGUCCCUUCAGUCUGCUUGCGCUCCUGACACUUCCCAACCUUCGCACCAUGCACAUCGUCGUCAGCGACGGAUCCAAUCCGUUGGGUCCCGAGAAUACUUAUCUUGAUCUAUUCGAGUUCAUUAAACGGUCCAAGUGCAGGCUCCAGCGCUUGUUGAUCCACGAUCGCGACAUGUCGAACAACGAGGCCAUGACUUGCCUCGGCCACCCUGGCAUACAGAAAAUCCAUGAGGUCGACUUAUCCUUCGCCAACGCUCUCACCCGAACAUAUAACUUCAUCAAAUCUAACCCGCACGCAUAUUACAUGCUCGGCGAGAUGGAUACCCGGCAGAUCAAGGUGUGGAAGCAGUUGGACGACCAGGUCGAGCACGUCGGGUGGAAGAAUCUGGACAAGAAUAUCCAUACGGAGGUCCUGUUCUACUCCCCAGGAACGUUGAGCCUGCUCGGUGACAACGGGUUCUGGAAUCGCUACGAUCUCUCCAGCAGCCAAAUCUCAAGUUUGAUCUCCUCCUUCGCAGCGGACCUGAAGUUAUAG